AUGUCCGAGUUGGACCCAAAAGUCGCCUAUCUCGUCGAUCGCGCGACGAGAGAUGAUGACUCAGACGAAGAUGCCUUGAUUGCUUCUCUGGAAGACGACUCAGAACUCGAUGCCUUCCGUGAGCAACGCUUACAACAACUGCAUUCCGAGUUCGACAAAGCGCGACGACUAAGAGCAAAUGAGCAUGGAACCUACACGGAGAUCAAGGACGAGAAGGCAUUGAUGGAUAUUACGACUAGUACGAAAUUAUGUGUUGUCCACUUCUUCAAGCCUGACUUCAACCGUUGUCGAAUCAUGGAUUCACAUCUUGAAUCCCUCGCACCAUCUCACUACGAAGCCCGCAUUCUCAAGAUCAAUGUCGACAACUGUCCCUUCUUGGUCACCAAGUUGGGAAUCCAAGUUCUGCCCUGCGUCCUUUCUUUCAUUGAUGGCAUUGGUGUCGACCGUAUCAUCGGCUUUGAGGGGCUUGGCCGAAGUCCUGAUAGCUUCACGACACGGGAAUUAGAGAAUAGGUUGAUCCUAGCAGAAGUCUUCGCAAGGAACAAAGUCACAGACGAGGAUGAGCGACAGAGGCUGCAAAAGAGUAAGAUGGCUCAGAAGGAGGACGAGGAUGAUGACGACUGGGAUUAA